AUGGAGACGGGGAAAGUGGAAGUUGAAGAUGAUGACGAGGACCACAGGGAUGCUGUAAUGGAAAAGUUUAGGGUGGAUAUUGAAGUGACAUCUUGCGAAACGGAGUCUGCAGUUCUGAACUUACUGUCAACAACACACUCUGAUGUAACGGAUGAACCUGUCGACUAUCAUCAGCAGACGAGCUCCGCUGUUCAACACCUGCUGUCUUCGGAACAGAGUGAGAUAAACGAAGAGUCCAGCGAUAUUGAAAGCUGGCAAUCGACAUCAGCUGUGUCCCAUGCACCUCCUGACGCAGUACCUGACCCCCUGAAGACAGAACUCUACGAUGACGAUUAA